CCGUGAGACUCUAAUUAGUAUUUUGAUUGCAGGUCUUUCACCGCAGAUCACAGAAAAUUUCAAUAGGUUUUCGAUUAAAACAGUAAUCAAGUUAUAAGGAAAAAGUCCACUUUGACAGUCAUUGUAAACAUCUGAACAUUAACAGGAAACAAUGGCAAGUUCAGAAUUAAAAGGCAAGGAAAACAGUACGAAGACAAAUGACAGAUGUGAAUCUUAUGUUCCUUCUGUACAGCUUGCAGAGGGGCUUGAUGUCAGAGAAGUUUGCUCAGAAACUGGAGCAUCUUUUGAAAUCUCGGAAGAACAGCUCAGGGACAAGGAAAAUAUUGACUGGCGAGAGAACUUUUUCGAUGACGAGGAACUUGUUAAGAGCCUUCGACUUGGAGCUGGAAAUGGAAUUUUCGAGGAUGAAGAAUCAGCUUCAGAAGAGGAUGGAGAGCCGUUCCGAAAAAUGGCUCGGAGGAUGGAAGACAUGACUGGCGAUGGUGGUGUGUUGAAGAUGAUUGUGCAGCCAGGUAUCGGCGGAGACAUCCCAGACAAUGCGACCAUUGUAUUCCACUAUAGUGCAUUCCUUGAAUACCUUGAUGAACCCUUUGACUCCUCAUACUUGCGAAAGAAGCCUGAGAAGAACAAGGUUGACAGUGGAAACAUAAUUCCAGGACUAAAUGUGGCUAUUAAGACAAUGAGGAAGCGCGAAACAGCUCGGUUUCUCAUCAGGCCAGAAUAUGCAUAUGGAAAGUUAGGAUGCCCACCUAGGAUACCAGGUAAUGAGACACUAUUGUAUGAAGUGUACAUCGUUAAUGUCAUUGAUGAUGCUGCAGCUGAUGCUUACGAUGAACUUGAUGAAAAGAUGCAGACUAACACAACUUUUGAGCAAAGGCUAGAAGCGGCCCGAGGAUUCCAUCGUAAGGGCAACAACCACUAUAAAGAAGGGUAUUUGAAAGGAGCUAGGGACUGCUACCUCCGAGCUGCCUGGAUCAUGGAAGAUGCAAGACUUAAGAACGAGGCGGAGGAAAAACAGAGAACUUCCUUGUUGAUGAAGAUGCGCAGUAAUUUGGCACAGGUUUAUCUGGACAUGAAGGAACCAGCAAGAGCCUGUACGCAAUGUAAAUUAGGGUUUGAAGUUGCGGUUGCCGGUCUAUGCUCAGAGGAUGUUAUGGCUAAGCUGUACUUCAGGUCUGGCAAAGCCAAGGUGAUGCUGAGCAACUUUAAGGGCGCACAUAAGGACCUGUUGGCAGCUCAACGCAUCAAGCCAAACAACCCCAGCAUUUCAGCCGAGCUAGAGGAACUGUACCUUAAGCAGGAGAAGUGUGAAGCACAGGAGAAGUUUAUGUGCCAACGUAUGUUUGCCCCACAAAGCUGCAGCAGUGAUAAGGAUGGAAUGAGAAAGACCAAUCAGGAAAAGGAAAAAGAUGGAGAGACUAAAGGAAAGGAGGUAGAGAAGAAGAAGGAAAAAGACCUUAAUCAAAAUCUAGCUUACAAAGUGCGUCCCGAGUUUGAAGCACUCGUGGAGGAGAAUAUUCACAACUUUGUCAACAACCACAAAAUACAUGAGCUUCCCUUUCCCAGCAGUCUAUCACAGGAAGAAGUUGUGUGUGUGGCUACCAUUGCCAAAGCCUCUGGUUUGUCUGUCAUGUAUUCACAAAAUGGUACUGAUUGCAGUCUUAAGAUAGUAAAAAAGUUUUUAAAGGAAUAGAGGGAUACUCCUCUGUUGCAGAAUGUAUAAAUAUCAGGGAUAUAUAUAGAAUUAAGAAACUAUUAUGGGAAAAUUAUGGCUGGUGAUUAUCAAAGAAUUGUUGUUUUUUAGGAGAGUUAGUAAGGAUUGAUAGUUUUUGUUUCUAAACUCACUCUCCAAAUGCUUUUAUACCUGAAAAGUCCUGUA